AUGAGAAGGCAAGAUUCAAUCGGCUCUCAAAAUAGCUCCAGUGGCUCUUAUCCUGUCAAUGAGUCUACCCGCAGAUCAAAUCAUUCAGCAGUUUCUUCCAAAGUCUUGGGAUCAGGAACCUGUCCUCAAAAUCAAAGAGAAGAUUCUGAGCAAGCAUCCCCUACGGCCACAUUUCUAUGUCAGAAUGCCGCUCCAUCAAAAGACCUCCUUGAUGCUGCAGAGGCUGCAAUUCAGCUACUCAAGGCAGAGGCCGGGAUGUGGGAACAAAACUCUCGGCGGCUGAUGAUGAAUGUGGAAAGGCUGCAAAAGGAACUAUCUGAUGAGAAAAUACACAGGGCAAGUCUCGAAGACGAGCUUUCAGAAUUGUGUGAAGAAUGCGAUGGCAUGAAGCAGGAAGUUGAACAACUGAAAAUGUUGUUGGAAGAAACGAGAGAGAAACAAACAGUGAAUGAAGAUUUAAUAUCGAAUAGUAUGGAUCAAACUUGGAAGGACUUGGAAGAUGAGAUGAAGUUUCAGAAAGAAGCGAAUGCGAACUUGUCUUUACAGCUAAAGAAAAGCCUAGAGGCAAAUGCUGAAUUGGUUAUUAUUCUUCAAGAACUUGAAAGCACCAUUGAAAAGCAAAAGAUAGAGAUGGACAAUCUUUGUGCAGAGAGACAAAAGUUUCAGGAGUCUUUGAAGAACUUGGCAGAUACUAGAAGUAUUCUUGAGAAGAAAUUGGCACAGAAAAACUACGAGAUAGAGGUUGAACGAGGGCUGAGUAACAAGCGCUUGAUCGAAUUGGAAGCAGAAUGGAGAGCUAAAGUGGCGGAAAGAGAAGACGAGAUCACCAACUUGGAAGCAAAAUUGUCAGAUGCUCUUGGGAAUCUGGAGAGAGAUCGCCUUCAACUCACAAAUGAAAAUCUGAAACUUCAACUCCAGCUCAAUGAUCCCUGCUCUUCGGAGACUGAAAUAAACAAACUGAAAUCCCGAGUUUGUGUGCUUGAAGCAGAGCUUGCAAACAAGGAAAUCAUCUUAAAAGAAAUUUCUUCAUUCCAUUUGGAUCUUGAAAACAAGAAUGCAGAUUUGGAGCAUGAAGUACAAGUUUUCAAGGACAAAGCAUUCUCUCUUGCCAACGAGCUUCAUGAACGAAGAAGAGGUCUUGCGAGAGUGAGAGAGGCUAGUGAGAGGGCCAAUAGACUGGAGAAUUAUUACUCGGAAUGCAAAGCAACUGAUCUGAAGGAGAAACUGUUGGGAAAAGUUGUAGAGGCCAACAAGCUUGAGACUUUCAACAUGCUUUGGGAACAAAAGGCGGAAGAUGCAAGGCAUAGCCAAAGGAAGUUGGAGUCUCAAGCUUCCCGUCUUCACAAGGAGAUAGUUGAAUUGGAUAUGGCUAUGGAAUGUUUAAAUAAGCAACAAGAUGGUAUCGAAGUUCUCAGUCAAAUUCAUGACAAGAAAACUCUUGUGAAGGAAUCAUUGGAUAUAUGUAGUGGGCAAUAUGAUCAGGAAUUUCACUUAUCUGAACUGCAAGAAGAGAAGGUACUCUUAACCGAACGAAUAAGUGGCUUGGAAGCUGUCUUGAGAUACAUGACGAAAGAGAGGGAGUCGAGUUGUUUGGCACUCAGAAAUUCGGAUGCUCAUGCUUUGAGUCUCCAAGAUAAGAUUAAAAGAAUGGAAAAUGAAAUAGAGUUGCACAAGGUAUGA